AUGGCGUCGCAAAUCCUGCCGCUGGAGCUCAUCGACAAGUGCAUCGGGUCGCGGAUCUGGGUGGUGAUGAAGAACGACCGGGAGUUCACGGGGACGCUGCUUGGGUUUGACGAUUUCGUGAACAUGGUGCUGGAGGACGUGACUGAGUACGAAACGACGGCGGAGGGGCGCACGAAAAAGAGCCUCGCGCAGACGCUGCUGAACGGGAACAAUAUCUGCAUGGUGGGCACCUUUCUUCUUCUCCCUUACUUUGCCCUUAUGCCCCGCCAGCUGAUCCCCGGGAGCGACGGGCCCGACGCGAGUAGUUGA